CCAGACUUGUGUUCCGCCCCCGGCGCGGUUUGCAGUCCCGGGAGUCCCGGGAGCCCCCGGGAGCCCGGCGGAGGAGGGAGGGAGGGAGGAAGGGGGGAAGGCGGCCCCGCCCGACCCCACCCGGCCCGCGGGCAGCUCCGGGUCCUCUGUGCGCAGGAGAAGCGGCGGCUGCAGGAGGAGAUCAGCGCCGCGCGCCGGGAGCUGGAGGAGGAGAAACUCCGUGUGGAGCGGCUCAAGAGGAAGUCUCUCCGGGAACGCUGGCUAAUGGACGGGGCAGCUGAAGAGCCAGAGCAGCCCCAGGACCCCGCCUCACAGGACCCCCAGUCACCUGAGGACCAGGCUCAGGCCCGCAUCCGGAACCUGGAAGGCAGCUUGUUCACACUCCAGUCCCAGCUGCAGCUGUUACAAAGUGCGUCCACAGGUGCCCAGCACAAGCCCGCAGGCAGGCCCACCUGGCGCCGACAGGGUCACCGUCCUCUAUCCCAGUCCACCGUGGAGGCAGGUCCUGCAGGCCAGACUGAUCUAAACAAGAGAGACUCCAUACCAGCCGGACCAGUGGGCACAUACCCAGAGUCCCCCUCUAAGUCCAGAGAUGAGUCUGUCGGGGUUCCACCAGCCCCAAGGAGGAUCCCUGGGGCAGCAGGGGCCUCCUCAGAAGCCAAUGGCCCCUGCCCUGGAUCCAGCCCCCUUCCAGAGCAGGUGCCGAGUCAGGAAGUGGCAGCAUCUGACGGGGAAGUGAAUGAGGCCAAAGGGGGAGGCACGGUGAAGGUGGUCUGGGAGGGGCUAAGGGCCACAGAGGACUGUACCAUGGGGGCCACAGGCCCAGAGCUGGAGGCUAAGGUGGAGGAGAUGGUCAUGGAGGCCAUCGGGGACAGACAGGAAGCCGGACGCCGAGAGCUCCCUUCGUGGGUCAGGGAGGACAGGGGUAUCGUGGAGGUGGUCUGGGAAGGGGUGGGAGGCACAGAGGGCAGCGACUCAGAGGCCACGGGGGAGGCGGGCAGAGGCCUGGAGGCUGCACAGACCAGCUCACUGAGGCUCCAGGAGGGACCGGGGGGAGCAGCUUCUGGAGAAGGGGAAGAUGCCCCCAGGGGCAGCCCUGAUGGUGAUGGGCAGGGGGGCUUUGGAGGAGAGGAGGGGUCCUUCAUUUGGGUGGAGAGAGUGACCCUCAGUGAGCAGUGGGAAGAGCUGGUGGUGGAGGGGUUGGAAGGGCCAAAGGCACGGGGAAGGGAGGGAAAGGAUGAGAGUCCACUGGGCGCAGGCAGCAGAGGCGGGGAGGAAACGUGGGAGGCAGAGAGGAGGUGGGCAGAGGAAUCAGCGGGGAAGAGAGGAAGUGAGGGAAAGGCAGGCGCGGAGCCAGAAGGAGCAGAGAUGUCACUGGUGGUGGAGAGGAAAGGAAGCGAGGAAUCCUUGGAGCCGGAGAGGAGGGGAGUUGAGGAAAAGGUGGAGACAGAGAUGGGAGGAGGUGACGAACCACUGUCGGCAGACAGAAAAGAAGUUGAAGGACCUCUGAGGGCAGAGAGGGAAAGAGGGGAGGAGCCGCUGGGAGUACAGCAGAAAGGAGGUGAGGAAAAGUUAGAGGCAAUUGAAGAACCAUUGGUGACAGAAAGGAAAGGAGGUGAGGAAUCACUCAUGGUAGAGAGAAUAGGAGGUGAGGAAGCAUUGGAGGGAAAGGAAAAAGGAGAUGAGGAACCACUGAAGGUAGAGAGAAUGGGCAGUGAGCAGCCGUCGGAGGCAGAGACAAAAGGAGAUGAGGAACCACUGAAGGUACAGAGAACGGGCAGUGAGCAGCCGUCGGAGGCAGAGACAAAAGGAGAUGAGGAACCACUGAAGGUACAGAGAACGGGCGGUGAGCAGCCGUCGGAGGCAGAGACAAAAGGAGAUGAGGAACCACAGAAGGCAGAGAGAAAGGCAGGUGAAGAGCCAUUGCAGACAGAGAAGACUCAAGGGGUUGAGGAAGAUCUGAGUCCAGAAGAGCAGAGAGAGUCAGGAGGAGGAAAGGAAUGUCAGGCAGAGGAAGUGAGUGAGGAAGUGGCUCCCCUGGGGGCCAAGGAGGAGCCAAGGCCCGAGGAAGAAGGACAGCAGCCCCAGGAGAAGCAGGAAGGCUCCCCAGAAGCAGAAGCAGUGAAGCCCCAAACCUCUGAUGAGGGCCAGGACCCCUCUGGGGAUGCCACCCCCCUCCUGGCAGAGACCCCAGCUCAGGAGCAGCCUGCUGAGUGCCAGCCACUGCUUCAGGUGGAGGAGCCCAGGGCCAACCCCAGUGCCCACACUGUGCCCACCUACGCGCCUGCCCGGCAGCCGGAGCCAUCUGCCCCUCCUGAGGGCGAAGAGGCGAGCGGCCCUAAGCAGAAGACGUGCCAGUGUUGUGUGGUUAUGUGAGCCCACGCCCUCUACCCCACUCCCAGCUCCUCACAGCUACCUCGGCCUCUUGGCAUCAGCAGAUGGUCCCAGGCGCAGACAGGGCACCACGGAACUAGUGGUGGCACCUGGGAGCCAGCUGGUCCACAUGUCCAUCUCCACCUGGGCUUCUGGACCCCUUGCACACUGCCUGUGACCCUGGCCCCCUUCUGUGACAAA